AGAAGUGGGUGAAAGGUGACUGCUCUCUCUAGUGUUAACAGUUAGGCUCGGCGUAUCCUUACAGCACCCUGACAGGAUGCAAAGCGCCAGGGAGUACGCUAGUGCCCUGUCACCCACAGCACUAAUAAGAUCUGUUACUACAGCAGGUACAGCAUUGACCCCGAAAAGUCUUGUUUCCCCACUACCUCCUGCUCAACGACCGUUCCGAGUUUCUAAUUAUGACAAAAGCACGAGAAAGGGCUUAGUAGCUGGCACUUUAAAAGAACUAAUUGAAAAGGCCAUUGACACAUUGUUCAUUACAGCAAGCCUGGUAACUCUGGUGCUAGAGGAAGAUGGCACUGUUGUAGAUACAGAGGAAUUUUUUCAGUCGUUGGAAGAUAAUACACAGUUUAUGCUUUUAGAAGGGCGACAGAAAUGGAAGCAAGAAAGAAAUGCUGGAAUUUCAACAGAGCAAAUGAAGAAAGGAAUAGCAAACAUAACGCUGGAUUUUUACAAAUUAAAUCCUAAGGACUUUAUUGGAUGUUUGAAUGUUAAAGCAACUUUUUACGAAAUGUAUUCUGUAUCCUGUGACAUGCAGUGCCUGGGGGCUAAGAAAAUCUUAAGACAUUUGCUCCGGAUGAUGUCGUACUUUGCCCAGCUGACAGGCCAUUUCCUUUUAUACAGUAGCUCAUACAUAAUGCAGUGGACUGAAGGCAAUAAUGAUGAGAAAAUAUGUUCCAGGAGCCGGCGUCCUUAAUUGAAGCUCAGAUCUGCUGUGACCUUGCAGUCCCUUAAAUGUGUGGAACUAGCUUGCACUAAUAGUGGUGCAUUUUUAGUCAAUCUCUAGUAUAUUUCUGAUGUAUAAAAUUGGUGCCCAUUUCCUGUCUCCAUUUUUCUUGUGCUGAUAAGUUUAUUAUGUGUCUACUAAAUCUUGUGUUUGUUUCUAAAUAAUUCAGUUCUUUAUGUUCAUGUAAUCAACCAAAAAUGCAAUUUACUACUUUUACAAAUUUAUAUUACUUUACUUUUAGAUUUUUUUUUUAUUUAUAAAAAGAAAAAGCAUUACUUAUCUUAGAUUUAAAUAGAUGUUCUAGUGUUGAAAUAAAAUGCCCUAUUUCAUUAAAGGAUUUUAUUUUAAAACUACUGCCCUUUCUCACUAGGUUUUUAACCCUUGCAUAGGUGUUAAACAUAUAUUUAAAGUUUUGUGUCCUCGUACAGUAUUUCCUGAGCUGGGCAGGGCAGUGAUUGGUGGAUAUAUAGGUAUGCCACUCUUGAUUAGCUUGAGGGCCUUGUCAUUCUCAGUACCUGCAAUGCAUUGUAUCUGUGAGCAGUACUUUAACCCCUAAAAAGAGGAUGAAAACACAGAACAUUUUUAUUUUUAAACAGAUGGGGGGUUUUCACUACAAAUGAGCAUUUUGUUGUCACACUAGAGUAUCCAUUUAAUCUAUUUAAUGUGUAUAUCCCAUUAUAAACAUUGUGCUUGAAGUGGUACCAACCUUAGGGAUAUUAGAGGUCUAAUUAUAGGUUUCCAUUUAUCCUUUUUACGGAGUCUUUUUUCAUUAUGUAAUUUGAACAUUCAUGUCGUAGGAACUUAUGAAAUUUAUUUAACAUUAUUAAUAAUGUUUUGUUAUCAGGUCUAUUUGAAAGUGGUGCUAUUCUGAUAUUGUAGAUUAAAUAUUAAGCUGCCUUUUAAUAUUCUAAAUAGAGAUACAAGACAAUUAACAUUUAAAUGUCGCUUAUUUAAUGUUGUUUGCAGUGUCCACUGCUGGUUGUGAAUAUAAUUAGUUUUAUAAACAUCGAUAUUUGUUUAAAACGUAAUGUAGACCUUUUAGCAACCAUAGUGCUCAUUGUGUAGUGUUUGUGUAGUAAGAUAGUAACUUAUGGUUCUUUUGUGCCUAUUAGUACAGAACAACAAAUAUUUGAGCACUGGACUGGUCUUCUGGUGCAAGAUAAAAAUAGCGCUAUUAAUUUAUUGAUAAGAGCCGUCACUUGUUUACAUUGUGCUACUCCAAAACUGUCUAUUCUUAUUUAUUUGUUUUUUUUUAUUUUAGAACACUUUUAAUAAAAAAUAAAUUUCUUUUGGUUAAAAUACGCACAACACAGUUUUAAGUUGUUUUUAAAGUUUGACGUCAAUGUUUACAAAAUGUAUAAAGUUACAGUAUGUGUUACAGAACAUACUAAAAUCACAGUCAUCUCCUGAACUUGUACUACUUUCUGUAUUAAAAACACUUAUAAAGCUAUAUUAAAAAA